GGAUGAUUUGCUCGAUGUACUGGAUAUGUAUCCAGAAUUCGCAGAGAAUUUUUGCAAAAACCUCAUCAUCACUUACAAUUUGCGCGAUGAGUCGCAGUCCACACGAAAGCGAUUCGAUCGUCACAAACUGUUGAGAAUGUCAUCUUCGCUGAAUAAAGACCGAUACGGUACGCCGUUCGAUGACACCUCAGAACAACGACAACGGCGGAGUGCGACUGAUUCGGUUUCCCGAACAGACUCGAACCCGGUUGAUCGACGACAAUCUGGUGGGUCGCGUGGUGAGUGUGGAUUUCAGAAGCGACAGUAUAGUUUCAGGAUUUGAAA